AUGGCUCGUCUAAUUCCUUUUGUUUGCUUGGUUCUUUUUGUGAUGAUGAUGAUGAUGGGCGCUUCCUUUGGUCGGGACGGGAGCCCUCCACCGACACCUGCUCCGAUCACGGGUCCUGGUGGGGGAGGAGGAGGCGGUGGUGGAGGUGGCCAGGGAGGAGGAGGUGGAGGGGGGCAGUUUGGAUGGGGAGGAAUAGGUGGUGGAAGUAGUGGGGGAUUUGGUUUUGGUGGCAGCGGCAGCGCCGGUGGCAGUGGUGGUGGUGGUGCUCCACCCGCUUAUGAUGGAGUAGAAGGUGGUGGCAUGGCAUGGAAAGCUAGGAAGGGCUAA